AUGUGUCACCAUCCGAAACCUCAACGUCGGCUCGGACGUUGGUCAUCUUCCCAUCCUUCUCAUCCGAACAGGCACCGUUCUCAGCACAAGCUUGCACCACCCCCCUCUUGUCGCUGCCUGCUGCAGUCAUGGCUCGCUUCACGCGUCGUCCCUCGUCGCAGGGGGACCUAUCUCAUGCCCGGUGCACAGCGUCCUAUAAACGAGAAAAACAUCAGGCUCGCCCUCACUAUCUUUCGCGCAUGUGUCUUCGAUCUUGUAAAGGCACUGUGGUCGCUCCAUCCCGUUCGGACAUCCCUAAUGGUGGUUCUCCACAUCAUCCGUGCCAUCUUCCCCGCUUUCAGGGGCUAUUCGCAGGCAAUGAUCGUCGACGAGCUGCAAACACUUGUAUCCUCAGGAUGUUUCUCCUGGUCGCGCUUCUUGCGUCUUUUGGUUGCUGAAAUCUUUCGGCGUGCUGCGGAAACAGCCAUCGAUACUUUUGCCACGUCGAAUGAGAGCAUCGUCCAAGAGUCUGCCAAAUUCUAUGUCGAGUAUCAACAGAUUGCUCAGCGGUUAUGCCUCGAUAUCCCCACUCUCGCAGAUCCUGUAAUCCGUGAUUGUCUCCAGGAAUCCGAUUUAUUCGUUAGAUCUUUCAAUGGCAUGGGAAGUUUUGGAUUGCUUUCACCGUUUGACUUCAUUCAAGUACUCGGUCUCAUUUCUGAACUGGCGUCCCAUCUCUUAGUCCUCUUGUCCCUAACCGGUGGCUCUACAAAUAUGGGAGCGCUGCUGCUGUCAAUUAUUUCUGCCUUGUUUCCGUUGUUCAUGAAUCGUUGCGGCAGUACGCCAUCCGUGCCAGAUUCUAAUUACACCACCGAGGAGGCUCGAACUGCGGAACGGCAAGAAAGACUGCGGAAUCUGGCUUACAACGACUCCCACCGUCCAGAAGUGCUUCUCUUCGGCCUGGGACCGUGGAUUCUUCAGUCUUGGGCUAAUGCGCGGAGGACGAUGAUGUACCAUGAUCGGACAUCUCAAACAAGCCAGCUGACCCUGCCACAACUCCUGAACCAGAUCAAUGUAUCGGACCUCCUAUUUGCGUUGCAAAACGUUCCCCUAUUGUUAAUGUUCCAAUCGUCAUCCGCGUCACUAGGGUCCUUGGCACUCUACCGGAGUUCCAUUCAGGCCGUGGUAUUCACAUUCGGCAAUCUCCUAACAACGGCACGCAUGGCAUUUCAAAGCAUUUUCUUAAUGGGAGCAUUUUGUGCUGCGAUGAAUAUCCACCCAGAAUUGGAGCCCGCUGAUGAGGACGUUAUGAGUUUCCCCCGUCUACCCUGCGGCAUGAAAAUGGAAGCCAGAAACCUGUCAUACACUUACCCGGGUAGUAAAGAGGCUGCCUUGAAAGACGUGAGCUUCAGUUUGGAUGCCGGAGAAACCCUUGCAGUUGUGGGAUGCAACGGAUCAGGCAAGUCCACACUGGCCAAGGUUUUAUUGCGAAUAAUAGAUUUUGACCAAGGUGGGCUCACCGUCAAUGGUGUCGAUAUCCGACGCCUGUCGCCGGCAGAGUAUCACCGUCACGUCACUACUGUCUUCCAAGGGUUCUCAAAGUACAACUCCACCGUAAGGGAAAACGUGGGCCUCGGAUAUGUGCAGAAGCUGCAAUCGCAAUCCGCUGUUUCCCGUGCCGUCCACCUUGGCGGCGCGGACUCGUUCGUGGACAUCCUGCCCAAUGGCUUGAGGACGAAGUUGGAUGCCUCGGGAUAUGAUACCAUGCCGUACACAUCCAACUGUGGUUCGAAUCCAGGCUAUGGCGCGCCUUCACGGCAACAUCAUGGUUUGUCUGGUGGCGAGUGGCAGAGGAUAGCAAUAUCGCGUGCCUUUAUGCGAGCUGAUCGACCAGAGGUUGGACUUUUACUCUUUGAUGAACCUACUUCAUCUUUGGACGGGCAUGCACAAAACAAGAUUUUCGAUACCAUCGAAGACAUCUCUCGUUCUCCAUCUGGUAAAAGAACUAAAUCCGUCAUUUUUAUCACCCACCGGCUUUCCACCGCACGUCGCGCCGACAAGAUCGCAAUGAUGGAGCAAGGGACAAUAACAGAGUUUGGUACUCAUGAAGAAUUAAUGGAAAGGGGCGGUUCAUAUGCGGCGCUCUACAAAGCGUCCGUCUGA